AAGAGGCAAGCUGCCAGGAAGGGCGAGUGCUGUGGACGCUGUGAUCAUGGCGUCUUCCUCGCUUCUGUCCAAGGCGCCGCCCAAGAUGCAAAGUGUCGAUUCAGACAAAGAAAACGUCGCACCCUGCACAAACGUGGCAAGCGCCACGAUGAAAGCGAACUACAGGGUCGUUGCCUCCAGCCUAGAGAAAGUUGUGUCAACACCUUGCAACGUAAAGGGAGGUUGGACUUCAGAGGAUGACAUGAAAAUCCGGUCGUUGGUGUAUGAGUUUGGGACAAAAAAUUGGAAUGAAAUCGCGGCGCACUUUACGCACAAGAGCGGCCGUCAAUGCCAUGAACGGUGGAAGCAAAUGGGCAGCUCCGCGGCCAUCGACACGCCAAAGAAAGCAAUCAGUGGGUACUCCGGCAACUUCGACUUCACCAAGGCCCUGGCAGUCAUCAAGAAAAGUGCCACCACGGAUUCUGCCGUAAAAACUCCUACAGGGUCACAGACGUUUCGAAGUGCCCAGGGCUGUCGACAGUUCCCUGGAAUAUUGGGAAGAGCCACCCCACCGCCGCCGUCGUCCUUGGACGGGACGAACCGCAGUGUAUCUACUCCGUAUUCCGCCAGCCCCCGUCUCGGCAAAGUGAACAAGCUCAACAGCAUCGCGAACAAACUCAAGAUACGCCAAGAGAUGCUUCUUCACAGCGCCGACAAUACAACGCCCAUUCAACACAAACGAUCGGUCGCGUUGACUCCAGUCCAUGCAACUCCUCAGAAACAACGAAGCAAGAUCAUCCUAGGCAAGUGGAGCUCGCUCUACGGCGUCGAUCCUGACAACAUCGAAUGCGUGGCUGUAAUGAAGCGCCCCCCGCCGCCGCCUGAGGGGUACAUGCCCCGCCGGAUCGUGCCAGAUCAAAAACGGCGACGCCAUGAUGUUGACAGGUACUCGACCAACCUUAUUUCCAUGGCGAUUGCGACACAAGCGCUUGUCCAUGGUAGUCCCGUUGAAUCGACAACGAAAUCAAAUAAUGUCCCGUGGAUGCAGUGGUCUGGUGACGACUUGGAGCACAAGUUGAUGGACAUGGUUAAAUGGAGAUACGAUGCACCUGCGACGUCCCUGUCUCGUCGAGGUCAGUUCGCCGCUGUUAAUCGCGUGAUUCAAGCCAAGAAGCAUCGGCCAACCCCACGCCAAACUGUGUGAUGCAUGGCGCCAUGGUGCUGUUCGCACGGCGCUCUCUGUACAUUUGACGCCCAUAAAAUAUCGUGGAAGGUGUACAUAACCCACAAUGCGACCGCUCCUCGACCGUCGAUUUCAUUGAAGUCAGCCCUCGUUGUGCGAAAUGCUUGAACUGUUACUGCGAACCCUGUCACAUGAUUCGACAUGACUCCGCUUUGCGA